GAAACCUCAGCAGCCUCAAGCGUUUCAAGUUAUCAUGGCGACAAGAGACGCCGCUACACCUUGAGUCCCCGCAGCAACAAAGGAUAUCUUCCCCCGCUUCAUGAACACACACUCUGAGUCCCAUGCAGUGCGGAGACCUGCCGGAGUUUUAGCCCAGAUUGGAGAAAGGACAUAGCGAGUGACCGUCAUGGCAGCGUCGCAGCUGUACACAAAGCUUGCUCGGGUGUGGAUCCCCGAUGCAGAGGAGGUGUGGAAGUCUGCUGAGCUCACCAAGGACUACAAAAAUGGCGAUGCCUCCCUGCAGCUCAUGCUGGAGGACGGAACGAACAUUGAGCACAAGCUGGACCCCAAGACGAAGAACCUGCCUUACCUGCGAAACCCGGACAUCUUGGUAGGCGAGAAUGACCUCACAGCGCUCAGCUACCUCCACGAGCCAGCCGUGCUGCACAACCUCAAAGUCCGCUUCAUCGACUCUAAGCUCAUCUACACGUACUGCGGAAUCGUUCUAGUUGCCAUCAACCCGUAUGAGACGCUGCCAAUCUACGGAACAGACAUCAUCAAUGCCUACAGCGGUCAGAACAUGGGAGACAUGGACCCACAUAUCUUUGCUGUGGCAGAAGAGGCUUAUAAACAGAUGGCCAGGGAUGAGAGGAACCAAUCGAUCAUUGUGAGUGGGGAGUCCGGAGCGGGAAAGACGGUAUCAGCCAAAUACGCCAUGAGAUACUUUGCUACGGUCAGUGGCUCUGCCAGCGAGGCCAACGUAGAGGAGAAAGUCUUGGCUUCCAACCCCAUCAUGGAGGCCAUUGGAAAUGCAAAGACCACCAGAAAUGACAACAGCAGUCGUUUCGGCAAAUACAUCGAGAUCGGCUUCGACAACCGCUACCGUAUCAUCGGUGCCAACAUGAGAACAUAUCUGCUGGAGAAAUCACGCGUGGUCUUUCAGGCGGACGAGGAGAGGAAUUAUCAUAUCUUCUAUCAGCUCUGUGCAUCAUCCCAUCUGCCUGAGUUCAAGAAUCUGAAGCUGAGCAGUGCAAACGACUUCCUGUACACGAGACAGGGCCGCAGCCCUGUUAUCGACGGUGUGGAUGACACCAAGGAGCUUUGCACCACUCGCAAUGCCUUCACAUUGCUCGGUAUUAAUGAGUCUUAUCAGAUGGGGUUGUUCCAGGUUUUGGCUGCUAUUCUUCAUCUGGGAAACGUGGAAAUAAAGGAAAGAGAUUCAGACAGCUGCCUCAUUCCUCCCAACAAUCGCCACUUGACGGCAUUCUGCGAGCUGGUGGGCGUGACCUACCAGGACAUGUCUCAGUGGCUGUGCCACAGGAAGCUGAAGACGGCUGCAGAGACGUAUAUCAAGCCCCUCCCUCGUCUGCAGGCCACCAAUGCCCGUGACGCGCUGUCCAAACAUAUCUACGCCAAACUCUUCAACUGGAUUGUGGAGCACGUCAACAAGGCUCUGAUCACCAAUGUCAAACAGCACUCCUUCAUCGGGGUCCUCGACAUCUAUGGGUUUGAGACAUUUGAAAUCAACAGCUUUGAACAGUUCUGUAUCAACUACGCUAAUGAGAAACUCCAGCAACAAUUCAACAUGCACGUGUUCAAGCUGGAGCAGGAGGAGUACAUGAAGGAGCAGAUCCCCUGGACUCUGAUUGACUUCUAUGACAAUCAGCCCUGCAUCAACCUCAUAGAAGCCAAGAUGGGAAUCCUGGACUUGUUGGACGAGGAGUGCAAAAUGCCUAAAGGUUCAGAUGAUUCUUGGGCUCAGAAACUGUACAACACCCAUCUGAAGACCUGUACCCUCUUCGAGAAGCCACGCAUGUCCAACCGCGCCUUCAUCAUCCAACAUUUUGCCGACAAGGUCGAGUACCAGUGUGAAGGUUUCCUGGAAAAGAACAAGGACACUGUGAAUGAAGAACAGAUCAAUGUGCUGAAGGCCAGCAAGAAGUUUGACCUGCUGGUGGAGCUGUUCCGGGACGAGGAGAAGGCAACCAGUCCCACUGGUCAGGUCCCUGGGACUGGAGGCCGGACCCGCCUCAGCAUCAAACCUGACAAGAGCCGGGGAACAAGCAGCAAGGAGCACAAGAAGACCGUCGGCUGCCAGUUUCGUAACUCUCUGCAAAUGCUGAUGGACACUUUGAAUGCCACCACUCCACACUACGUCCGCUGCAUCAAACCCAAUGACUUCAAGAUGGCCUUCUCGUUUGAUCCUAAACGUGCAGUGCAGCAGCUCAGAGCCUGUGGUGUCCUGGAAACCAUCCGCAUCUCUGCUGCAGGUUUCCCAUCCAGAUGGACGUACCAGGAGUUCUUCAGUCGUUACAGAGUGCUGAUGAAGCAGAAGGACGUGCUCUCUGACAAAAAGUUGACCUGCAGAAACGUUCUGGAGAAACUAGUGCAGGACCAAGAUAAAUACCAGUUUGGUAAGACCAAGAUCUUCUUCAGGGCCGGCCAGGUCGCCUAUCUGGAGAAGCUGAGGGCAGACAAGUUGCGUGCUGCCUGCAUCCGCAUCCAGAAAACCAUCCGCUGCUGGCUGGCACGCAAGAAGUAUAUGCGCAAGCGCAGCGCUGCCAUCACCAUCCAGAGGUUCACCAGAGGAUACCAGGCUCGCUGCCUGGCCAAGUUCAUGCGUCGCACUCAGGCGGCCACCAUCAUCCAGAAGUACCAGAGGAUGUACAUGGAGAGGAAACGCUACAGGCAGAAGCAGGCUGCCGCCCUGGCCAUGCAGACGAUCCUCAGAGCUUAUAUGGCCCGGCAGAAGUACCAGGCGCUACUGCGGGAGCACAAGGCAGUGAUCAUUCAGAAACACGUUCGUGGCUGGUUGGCUCGGUGCUGGUACAAGCGCUGCCUUCACUCCAUCGUCUACCUGCAGUGCUGCAUCCGCAGGAUGAAGGCCAAGCGGGAGUUGAAGAAGCUGAAGAUCGAGGCUCGCUCAGUGGAGCACUUCAAGAAGCUCAACAAAGGCAUGGAGAACAAGAUUAUGCAGCUGCAGAGGAAGAUCGACGAGCAGCACAAGGAAAACCGGUCGAUCAGCGAGAGGCUUGUAGGUCUGGAGAGUUCCUACUCAGUGGAGAGCGAGCGAAUGCGUGGCGAGCUGAGCCGGCUGCGCGGGGCGGAGGAGGAUGCCAAGAACAAAGCCAACCAGUUGUCAUCGCUGCAGGAGGAGCUGGAGCGGCUGAGGAGGGAGCUGAGUGUCACGCAACAGGAAAAGAAGACCAUCGAGGACUGGGCGCAGACAUACAGGGACGAAAUGGAGAAAAUGGUCUCAGAGCUGAAGGACCAGAAUGGCUUGCUGAAGAAAGAGAAGGACAACUUGAACAGGUUGAUUCAGGAACAGAGUCAGCAGAUGACAGAGAAAAUGGCCCGUGCGAUAGCAGAGGAGACCCAGCAGCUGGAGACGGAUCUGAACGAGGAGCGAUCGCGCUACCAGAAUCUCCUGACAGAACACCUCCGCCUGGAGGAGAAAUACGACGACCUGAAGGAGGAGAUGGCUCUCUCCUCGAACGUCUCCAAGCCUGGCCACAGGAGAACAGAUUCCACCCACAGCAGCAACGAAUCAGAGUACACCUACAACUCAGAGUACGCCGAAUUGGAAGAAGGUUCCCGUGCCGCCGAAGAUGUGACUCGAGGACUAGACACCUCACUGACCCUCAAGCUUCAGAAACGUCUCACAGAGCUGGAGCAAGAAAAGCAGUCGCUGCGCAACGAACUGGAAAACAAAGAGGAGCAAUUCCAGCGGGCUAGAGCCAGGGAUGAUGAAGAGUUUAAAAAGGCUCGUGGGGCAGAGCUGGAGUAUGAGUCCCUCAAGCGUCAGGAGCUGGAGUCAGAGAACAAGAAGCUGAAACAUGACCUGGCAGAGAUGAGGCAAAGCCUGCUGGGUGACGCAGCUACAGGUGUUGGGGCCCCGGGCUCCCCUGCUUACAAGGUGCUGCUGGACCAGCUCAACGCCUCCUGUGAGGAGCUGGAAGUUCGCAAGGAGGAGGUGCUGAUCCUGCGCUCCCAGCUGGUCAGCCAGAAGGAAGCCAUGCACCACAAGGAUGAGAAGGAGACCAUGACUGAGCCAUCUGUCUAUGUCGAGGAUGUGUCGAAACUGAAGGACGCUGAUGAACUCAAACAAGCUUACAUAGGCCUCAAAGACACCAACAGAUCCGCUGCUCCAGACUUCCAUAAGCUGAAUGAGGAUGGAGAGCUGUGGCUGGUUAAUCAGGGCUUAAAGGAGACAAUCAGGUUACUGGAGCACCAGCUGCAGACUCAGCGGCGAAGUUACGAUAAUGAGGUGGAGGCGUUGCGCGGCGAGCUGCAGAAUGUCAAGGAGGAGAACAAUCGACAGCAGCAGCUUUUGGCCCAAAACCUCCAGCUGCCUCCAGAGGCCCGAAUCGAAGCCAGUCUGCAACACGAGAUCACCCGGCUCACUAAUGAGAACCUGGAACUCAUGGCCGAGGACCCCACAGCAUCGAGAGAGGCUCGAGUCAUCAUUUUACGACGGAUGGUUGAUCUCAUGGAGCAGCUUGAGAAGCAAGACCGAACCAUCCGCAAGCUCAAGAAGCAGCUGAAGGUUUACUCCAAGAGGAUUGGAGAGAUGGGAGCGGGUCAAACCGAGGGCCAGACAUCUCCAGGACAGAUGGUGGACGAGCCGAUCCACCCCGUCAACAUUCCCCGCAGGGAGAAAGACUUCCAAGGAAUGCUGGAGUACAAGAAGGAGGAUGAGCUCAAACUGGUCAAGAACCUCAUCCUGGAACUGAAGCCUCGCGGUGUAGCCGUGAAUCUGAUCCCAGGUCUGCCAGCCUACAUUUUAUUCAUGUGUCUGAGACACGCUGACUAUGUCAAUGAUGACCAGAAGGUCCGCACUCUGCUCACCUCAACCAUCAACAGUAUUAAGAAGAUACUAAAGAAACGAGGAGAUGACUUUGAGACCGUCUCUUUCUGGUUGGCUAACACCUGCCGCUUCUUGCACUGUCUGAAACAAUACAGCGGAGAUGAGGCCUUCAUGAAGCACAACACAUCAAGGCAAAAUGAACACUGUCUGUCCAACUUCGACCUGGCAGAGUACAGACAGGUGAUCAGUGACCUGGCCAUCCAGAUCUAUCAGCAGCUGAUCAAAUGCAUGGAGAAUAUCCUCCAGCCCAUGAUAGUCUCUGGCAUGCUGGAACACGAGACCAUCCAGGGCGUUUCGGGGGUGAAGCCCACAGGUCUCCGUAAGCGGACGUCCAGUAUCGCUGACGAGGGCACGUACACCCUGGACUCCAUCCUGCGGCAGCUCAGCGCCUUCCACUCCACCAUGUGUCAGCACGGCACCGACCCCGAGCUCAUCAAGCAGGUGGUGAAGCAGCAGUUCUACAUCAUCGGAGCCGUCACCCUCAACAACCUGCUGCUACGCAAGGACAUGUGCUCCUGGAGCAAAGGCAUGCAGAUCAGGUACAAUGUGAGCCAGCAGGAGGAGUGGCUCAGAGACAAAGGUCUGAUGACAUGCGGAGCCAAGGAGACUCUGGAGCCUCUGAUCCAGGCCGCUCAACUGCUGCAGGUGAAGAAAAAGACUGACGAGGAUGCCGAGGCCAUCUGCUCCAUGUGCCAGGCCCUCACCACUGCUCAGAUCGUGAAGGUCCUGAACCUCUACACUCCAGUCAACGAGUUUGAGGAGAGAGUGUCGGUUGCAUUCAUACGAACCAUACAGACUCGCUUGCGAGACCGUUGUGAGAGUCCCCAGUUGUUGAUGGACACGAAGAUGAUAUAUCCAGUCACCUUCCCGUUCAGCCCUUCCUCCCUCGCCCUGGAAACCAUCCAGAUCCCCAGCUCUCUCAACCUGGGGUUCCUCACCCGUGUCUAAACCGAGGCCCCACAGGACGGCUCUGAGCCCUGCAGCAUUUUUGUCUUAGUGGCCACUGUUGGAAUUGCAAGUCACAUGACACCCACUGGCACCAAAAAGCCCACAUACACAAUCAUCACAAGAGAAAUAAAGAAAUGUUUUUGAGCAUCACAAACACUACAAAAUUAGGAUUUGUAUCAACACAGUUUGAGCUAUUAUGUCCAAAAUAUUUAUUGAAAAGUCUAAUGGUGUCCUUGGUCUAAAUCUGGACAUGAACACACACAACAUGCGAAAUUAAACACUAAAACCCCAACACAUGCCGAACAUUCAACAUGCAUUGUGCAAUACUCACAUCCUCCGAACGUACACAUGCAUGCCUACUCUUACGUGCACCUUCUCUCUGACGAAAACGAACAGAUACACACAAAACCCACAGUCGCCGCUGCUGGUUUAAAUCUGGCUGUAAAACGCCAGAAUCCAUCCACUGCUUGUAUAAACGCCUGCCUCUUAGAGAAGCCACAUGACCAGAUCAAUGCCUCCAGUGCUCGCUCUCCAUCGACACCUGGGUCUGACUCAGUGAUCUCGACCCUAGUUACCCCAGCUCCCUCCUCUGUGUUUCAGCUAGUGGUUGUGAUAGUUCUUCUUGUCAUCGUCUCGGUCUCCAGUGAGAAUGUACGUAUCCACUCACGAGAGCAGGCUCAAAAGGAGGUGCUGAGACCUCAUGACAAGGAAUCACAUGGCAACUUGUAGUCCAGCCUGAUAUGUUAGGUUUGUACUACAAAGUGAAUUCUGAGUCUUAGUACAAAGCCAGUUGAGUGCGAAUGUUAGCUCUCUCCACCCCAUGUUGAGGUAACCACGAACCAGGCUUCAUUUUACUCUCUGAACACAGUCAAACCAAGACAGAACUCAUCGUCUGUACUAUAUUAUUUAUACAUAUAUAAAUAUAUAUAAAUAUGAAUAAUAUAUAUCAUGUAUUUUAUUUAUUGCAUUUACCUCCAUCCCCACCCUCCCUUUUUAAGACUAGAAGUUUUUCUCUCUCUUAAUUCCCAGGAUGAAGAGCUUUGUAAAGACAGCUUUAGUUCAAUUGCAGGCUGUUUAUGUCAAUACCAGGUAAAUGGUGUAGGAUAGUUUAACAAGUGGCGGCACAGAUGAUUAUCUGUUAAGUCACUUAACUUAGAGAUGUUGCUGUGUCAUUAUAUCCUACAUUUCUGGCAGAUGAAGUGUAGCACAGGAUUGACCUGAGGAGAGAUUUAGAAGGUACAAGGUUUAAACUCUGCCAAGGGUUUAACCUGCUAGAGUUUUUACUGUUUACAGCUGUGACUAGAGCUGAGCGUCACAGGAAACACUGGCACAAAGAUAUUUACUCACACAUGAACACUACAGUACAAACACAGAUCUAUAUAUAUAUAUAUAUAUACACAAACACACACACGUUACACUCUGCUUACUGCUGUGUUACUGGAGGUUUUGCACUUUCUUCUCUCUACUUGUCUUCUCUGGUCAGAACUUCGAAAAUGUUUUACUGUCAUCAUUGUGUAAUUAUUUAUUUCAGUACUGUCUUUUUCUUAUGAUCGUGUGUAUCGUAAAGCCAUGUAUCAUUGGGCAGAGUGGAGAGAGACGGUUUCACUGAAGUUGGUUUUGGACAGUUUGCCUCAAAUCCAUCCAGCUUUACAACAGUUUCCUCUGCUGUAUCCUCACACUAAUACUAACUGCAGCUUUGUGGACCGAUUCCUCUCACGUCUCCUAUCUGUCCAGCCCUAUGCCUUCCUGUUCAGUGGGCUUUAAUAACCACAAAAUACUGACAUAGUAAGAGUUUUUUUCUCCUUGGCACACAGAUUGUUUUGCUUCAGAUAUCCAGACAUAUUUGAUACUUACUGUCAAAGGCCGAGGGUGGUAUUGCACCACAUCAAUUACUCAGUCAGUAUGGCUACAGUGUGGUGUACAGCAGGCACUGGUGCCGCUGCUGCCCCCGUCGAGCCUGCAUGGGCUUAGAUUUACCAGCUACCAGAAAUUAACCCGCAUGCUACAGCUUUUUUUUUUUUUUUUUUUACUAUAGCGAUACCUUGGUGUAGCUGAGUCAUUGGAUGAGUGUCAGGGAAUCUGCCCAUGUUGUUACAAAAAGUCCUUUGUCUGCAGUAAACUUGUCCUGGCUGCCUUGUGUUUAGCACUUUGUUUACUUUCAUCGAUAUUACCAGUCAACCACAUUUGCCUCUUGCCCUUAUGUGAACCUUAUUUUGCCUAAUGACCUUAUCCCUUAACCAUGAAAUUUCCCUUUGAUAGAUUUUUUUGUUUUUAAGGUGCUUACAUACAUAGGAGAUUGUGAAUGGUCACCAGAACAGAACUCAGUACUUUCUUUUAUUUUAUUUUAUGAAAGGUUAGUCUUAGAAAUGAUUCCUCUGAAGCGACACACCAGGCAAGGAUGCAAAAUAUUUUACAGCAGCGAGAGCCAGGGAAGUAUCAGCGACUCAGUACGUGCUGAGAAAUACAAAUAAGUGACUCACGAAAUGCCACGAAGCAGACCGCUCUCACUCUGACAGGAACAAGCCACAGAUGAAAACAAAUUAUACGUGGAAUAAAGAGAAUUUAGUAUGUGAAGUUGUUUUGUGUUGCACUUGUCUUUGAAAAUAAUUUGAUGUCCAUAUGUUCACAUUGGGACCAUUUUAAUCAGUCUGCCUUUUGAUAUAUUGUUUGGAUUUAUAGGUAGCUUAAAGUCUGGUCUGUCGAAAGAGAACAUAUCUGAAGAGAGAGACGGUAACUGAAGGAAUGAAGUAACCAUAUGAAUGUUAAUAAUGUUAAUGAAGUGUAUCAUGAUUUUAGCUGCACGUUGUGGACGAAGCCUUAUCUGAAUUAUUUAACUGAAUGAUUUACACACAUAAUCAACAUUGUGGCAUUGUUUAUGUUUUUUUCUGUCAGUGCAGUAUUUUUUCCCACUGUAAAAUGAAUAGAAAUUGUUACGUGUGAUCAUUUUUAUUUUGUUGAGGAGUCCAUUGUCCUAAAGUUGGUGUCACAGAUGGGUUGCUGUCAAAAUGUACUUUUUAUACAUUGCAGAGGAAUUUGGAUAAAUAAUAGGUGGAUAUGGAUUGUAAAAAGAAGUACCUCACACUUAAGAGCUUUUUUUUUUUUUUCUUUUGAUUUCACCCUUUUUACACAACUGUGGUCCCUUAAGCCUCCUCUACCACAUUCCCUGUAUGAUUUGGCGCUUCCUUUUUGCAGUGAUUUCUCUUGCUGUCUUAUUACAACUAUCAGUUAACGCAAGCCACAGGUAAGAAGACACACUCUUGUAACUUUCAUGGAUGCAUCACCAGCCUUCUCAGCCUCAGACUAUCCUUGUGGACUGAUGUAUGGAGAGCGUAGAAUGGGAAGGCUGGCCUAGUUUCAGAGGAGAUUCAUCGGUUCGUAUUGUCGAGCAGAGCUGCGGCGACUUGCUCCCCUGGGCUUCUCUUGGGCUCUCAAAACAGGAGAAAAUGUCAUUCCUUCACUCUGUGUUUUUACAUCAAGGAGAGAGUUGGUUGUAUGAUAUGACGUAGACAUUAUAAAUUACCAUUGUUCUUAUCAGCACUAGCGUCGAUUGUGCCAUUUUAAAAAAAAUAAAUUGUUACCCCAGCUGUUGUGGUACUGGUGUGAACAUGCUGAAGCUAGUACCAAAAUCUUUCCUCUCUAAACCCAUGUGUACAUUUGACAAACUGGACUGUUUGUAGUUUCUGGUAGCUGUGCUUAGUGAAUGUGUUCACCGUUAAGAAACUAAGGAACUUGGAAUAAAUUGUCAAAUCUGUAAAAGUAAAAUAAAAGAA